ACCAAAAAACAAAGGGGGUGGUCAACAGUACAAGGAAAAAUGGCCAAGAAUCCUAACGUGCGCCGAAAUAACCCAUUUAGAACCUCUAAUGUGCGCCGGGAGGAGACAACCCUGAACGGUAAUACCACAGCCACAAUUUCUACUUCAAGUUCUACAAUCACCACCGCCACGUCACCGAUAUCUGUAUCGGAAGGGUUUUCGGGUCAACCCGGGUCGUCGUCCAGUAGUACUACUGCUAAGCAAAAGAAGUUUCGGGGCGCUCGGUGUCGGAGUGGCAAAUGGGUAUCCGAGAUACGCCAGCCCCGUAAAGCCACCCGCAUUUGGCUCGGCACGUACCCGACGCGGGACAUGGCGGCGACGGCGUACGACGUGGCGGCUUUGGCUCUGAAGGGGCCCGAUACGGUGUUAAACUUCCCGGACCUGAUUCUUUGGUACCCAAUACCGCUUUCGACGUCACCUGUUGACAUACGCGCCGCUGCGGCGAGUGCUGCUGAGGCGAUAAUGGAAAGAUCCUCGGAGAGCAGUCACGAAGCGACACAUCUUAGAAGCACUGAGGAAGAGUACUUCAUUGACGAAGAAGAGUUGUUGAAUAUGCCGAGUUUGCUGGUGAAUAUGGCAGAAGGGAUGCUCUUAACUCCGCCUAGAAUUCAGUCAAAGUCGUCUUCUGAUGAAUCUGAAGGUGAUGGAGAUGGAGAUGGGUUAUGGAGUUACUCCUAUUAACUAAACCUUAUAGUGUGUGAAAAAUCGCUUUACUGAGUAUUAAUGUAUA